CAAAUUAACUAGCAAAGAAACGGGACAAGGAUGGCUUUGGUCACCCUCACCACAACAUCUCUGUUUGGGCUUGGUUUGUUUUGGUCUGGGUUGAUUUGCCCCAAACUCCAUUCUGGAUCCGAAGCUUGGCUCCAAGUCCAUUUGAGAUCAGCUUUGAAAAUGAAGCGAGCUCGAUCGGCCGGAUCCUACUCCCCGUCCCCCAGGAGCGGUCUAGAGCGGGCCAGCUACUCCUCGUCCUCCUCUUUGACUUCGGAUUCCGAGCCAGACCCGGGAAAAUUGAGCCUGAAACAACCCGACCCGCCCUCUUCGGACCCGUCAGAAUCAACCGACCCAGUUCAAAUGGCGACAAUCCCUCUGAUCGCCACGCCCAUUCUCCCGGAUGUACCUCAUAACUCUGUUCCUUAUUCCUCGGUGGCCCAGCGGCUCAUGGCUCAAAUGGGCCAUAAAUCGGGGCAAGGUCUGGGCAAAAAAAACUCUGGCAUCGUAGAGCCUGUGGGCGUGACGUCUCACCAGGGGCGUCGAGGUCUGGGAUUAGUCAUUCAGAGUAUGCAAGCCAACACGGUCCAAUGGCAACCCGACCAAGAACACGUGUCGGUCACGGAAACCGUCUCCUGGUUGGCUCAAAGUGCGGAAGAUGGUCCACCCGAUUUUUUGUCUGAAUGGAGAGCUGGACUCAAAAUGGGCCCGAGGAAGGAAACCAUCCGGGAUGAAACCCGCUUUUGUGAUCCGGAGGUGCUUCAAAAUGUACUCAGUUGUAAAGCCGUCUUUGAUGAGUUGGAAGAGGAGGAACUGCGGCAAGCUCGAACCCGAUCUAAUCCUUUCGAAUCCAUCCGAAGAGGGAUUUUCUUGAAUCGAGCCGCUAUGAAAAUGGCCAAUCUAGAUGCCGUGUUUGAUUGGAUGUUUACGAAACCUCGGAAUAAAGAGGAUGAAUCGAUAGUGAUGUCAGAUGAGCCCUUGUGGUUCGCCGAUGUUUGCUCCGGCCCCGGUGGAUUUAGUGAAUACAUUCUCUGGCGGAGAGGUUGGCGAAGCAAAGGCUUUGGUUUCACGCUCAAAGGCCAACAUGACUUCAAAUUGAACGACUUUCAAUCUGGACCACCUGAAUCUUUUGAGCCUCACUAUGGCGUGAAUGGUCGCGAUGGCGAUGGGAAUGUGUUCGACGAAGAGAAUAUCAAGGCUUUUCAGAAGCACGUUUUAGAUCAUACGCACCGACGAGGGGUCCACAUCAUGAUGGCAGACGGAGGUUUCGGUGUGGAAGGCCAAGAGGAAAUCCAGGAGAUCUUGUCCAAGCAAUUGUAUCUGUGUCAAUUCAUCCUGGCUUUGGGCAUCGUUCGCACGGGCGGGCAUUUCGUAUGCAAGCUCUUUGACCUGUUCACGCCUUUUAGCGUGGGACUUGUUUAUUUGAUGUAUCGGGCAUUCGACCAAAUCGCUAUUCAUAAACCCAAUACGUCGAGACCCGCCAAUUCAGAGCGAUAUAUCGUUGGAAAAUGGAAACGUGAGUCCUCGAAAGAAAUCCACACUUUCCUUAUGGAGAUCAAUGCCAAAUUGAAUGAAAUCGGAUUAACCAAGCAAGGCACGACUGAAUCGGACUUGGAUUUGAAUGAGGUUGUACCCUUGGACGUUUUACUCGGAGAUAGGCCUUUUUACGAGUACAUGGUGAACUCUAAUAACAAAAUGGGCGAGUGGCAAAUUAUGGCUUUGGCCAAGAUUAAGGCUUUUAGUUUACAUCCGAGCCUUAAGGAAACCAGGCAACACGAAAUCAGAUGUGAAUGUCUCCAAGCAUGGGCGGUUCCAGAGGGAGCCAGAAAACCAGUCCGCAAUAAAACCCACGUGGUAUGUCAGGAAUUUUCGGAUAUAUAUUUUAGGUCAAGGUUUCUAUUUUUUAUGCUCGACGAGCUUCUGUGUAAAGACCUUGAUUUUCUGGAAUGGUCACCUGUUAAAGUGAUGUCGGAGAAUCUGGCCCAAUGUUUUCCAUCUAUUCACGAUUGGAAAUUCGUCUUCCUCGGCAAUCCUGACCUGGAACGCGGAUUCUUCCUUGGAUUAGGUCGAACCGAAGUAUUCCAAUUUCUUGUGACCGGUCUCAAAGCGGCGAAUAAACGCUGGAUAAAGGUCAACGAGUCCUUUUGUAAGCUUGAACUUCCGCCGGGCACCCUAAUCUUCGGUGAAAUAGUCCGUGAACUGCGUGGGGAAGGCAAAAACAUGCGGAAAAUGGUCGCUCUCCAUGUGAUAGAUGGUCUCUUCAUUGGAGGCGAGGACAUUCGAAAUUUGGAUCUCAAAAGCAGGAAUGCUGAACUGAAGCUGAUGGCUGAGGCUGUGAAUAAACCCACUUGGUCUGACUUUGCCUUGCUGCGGGUUAAAGAAUUGUACAACUUGGAUCGACUGCCGGAACCGCUGAGUCAACUCGAGCUGCGCCGACUGAAGGGAUCCGGAAAACUUGUUAGACCAACCCAAAAAGUGGAAGACAUGUUCAAUACAUUACCGCGCUAUUUCUGUCCGAGUGGUCUCGUGUUUCUCCGAAUGGUCAACGAUCCCUACCGACUAGCAGUUUCUAAGAAACAGAAACGCAAGUAUUGGUUUCACACUGAACUCAACCAGUCUGUGCUGAAUUGUCCAAAGGCCGCGGUGAUGCCCUUCAAAGCCACAUACGAGCAUCAACGCGUUUGGGAAUGGACCGUGGGUGUGGCUUUAUAUCCGCUUCAGCCAGGCACACGUGAUGACUCCAAGCUGCACUUAGAUACCUUGAUGACCUGGAUUAGGACGCAGAUUCAAUGAAAAUACUGGGGUAAAAAACAAGUCGCGAGAUCGUGAACAAAUCUGAGCUUUGAAUAUUGGUAGUAAGAUGAGAAUAUUAGGUUGUAGAUAGGGUUUUGGUACAUUCACCGUAUUUUUGAAAAGUACAACCAUUUUCAUCCUUUUUUUUUUUUUUGCAAUUUUGAUUUCUAGCCAAAAAGAUACGAACAAGCAAAAAAGUAUUCAUUAUGAAGAAGUGAACAAGUUUUAAUAUGUAAAAAGCAUAGUUGGACAUUCCAGAUACAUUGGCGGCUUUGUUUCUUUACUUUUUUUGGACAUUUGGUCCACAUAGGUAUCUUCUUACCUUUCCUGUUGAUUGAUAAGGUUGAAAGUAUCACAUCCUGUAGUGUCCGAAAAUCGUUAUCCGGGACCAACUUAAGCAUAGUUUUUGAAACAAAUAACAUCACUAUUUGGGAAUUCAAUGGUUUAGUAUUCAGAUACCUUUAAGUUUGCAUGACGAGGAAAAUGGUAGAGUUUUCAUUUACUUCAGUAUUGAUACCUUUGAACAAACUUCCAGGAAUGACAUGUUCUUUUUUCACUAGCUCUUGUUUAGGGCGGAAAUUAUGGACUGAAAGGGAUUUUCUUCUUUUUAAAAUGGUGCAACUCCAACCCCUACUCCCCCACAAACAGACAAUUCUUAGGUUGUAGGUUAUCUUAAGUGAAAAUGAUCUCAAACCCUUGAAAGAUAUGAAUGGCAUACGCUCAUGCAAUUUAAACUGAACUUACGACUUACAUGAUAACAUGCUAUAAUAAUGUCAAUCCUAAGGCAUUAAAAUAUCUCAAUAGAUAAACUUUAUUACUGUCUCUACAGUAAGGCAUCGAACAAUAUAUUAGCUAAUUAUUCAUAAAUUGUAAGGAGAUUUUCAUCCAGACUUAGCCAAUCUCAACACUGUCUUUUACACUACAUAA